CACCGUGACACGGAGAGCUAAUUUAGUCGGAGAUUUAAAUUAAGUCUGUUCCGAGAAAUUCCUUUAACACCGACUCUGCUCGUUCCUUCUCAUCCAAUUCUUUCCUGUCGCGACAAUGCACAGAAUCGCUCUCCAGAACUCGGCGCGCAGAGCUGCCUUUGCCGCUGCUCCCAAGAAUGUUGCUGCACUUGCUGCCCGGUCAUAUGCCACCGCAAAGCCUGCCGCGUCCGAGGUCUCUUCAAUACUGGAGUCCCGUAUCGCUGGUACCGCCAUUAGUGGAAACGUCGAGGAGACUGGCCGUGUCUUGAGCGUCGGUGACGGUAUUGGACGUGUCUGGGGUCUCAAAAAUGUCCAGGCCGAGGAGAUGGUGGAAUUCUCGUCUGGCGUCCGUGGCAUGUGUCUCAACUUGGAAGCCGACAACGUCGGUGUCUCCAUCUUCGGUAACGAUCGUCUCAUUAAGGAGGGCGACACUGUCAAGCGUACUGGUCAAAUUGUCGAUGUUCCCGUUGGCCCAGGUCUUCUUGGUCGUGUCGUUGACGCUCUCGGUAACCCAAUUGACGGAAAGGGUCCUAUUGAGGCUGCCGAGCGGAGGCGUGCCUCCCUCAAGGCCCCCGGUAUCUUGCCUCGUCGUUCCGUCAACCAGCCUAUGAUGACUGGUCUUAAGCCCAUUGACGCCAUGGUGCCCAUUGGUCGUGGUCAGCGUGAGCUUAUCAUUGGUGACCGUCAAACUGGAAAGACCGCCGUCGCAAUCGACACCAUUCUCAACCAGAAGCGAUGGAAUGAUGGCAAGGAUGAGGACAAAAAGCUAUACUGCGUCUACGUCGCUGUCGGCCAGAAGCGUUCGACUGUCGCUCAGCUUGUCAAGACCCUCGAGGAAAACGACGCAAUGAAAUACUCUAUCAUUGUUGCUGCUACCGCCUCAGAGGCUGCUCCCCUGCAGUACCUUGCGCCCUUCUCUGGUUGUGCUAUGGGCGAGUGGUUCCGUGACAACGGCAAGCAUGCCCUCAUCAUUUACGAUGACUUGUCGAAGCAGGCCGUUGCUUACCGUCAGAUGUCUCUCCUCCUCCGUCGUCCUCCCGGUCGUGAGGCUUACCCUGGUGACGUCUUCUACCUCCACUCCCGUCUCCUUGAGCGUGCUGCCAAGAUGAGCGACAAGUUCGGUGGUGGAUCUCUCACUGCGCUUCCUAUCAUUGAGACUCAAGGUGGUGAUGUCUCCGCGUAUAUUCCUACCAACGUCAUUUCGAUCACUGACGGUCAAAUUUUCUUGGAGGCUGAGCUCUUCUUCCGUGGUGUGCGUCCCGCCAUUAAUGUCGGUCUCUCCGUGUCUCGUGUUGGUUCUGCUGCCCAAACGAAGAUCAUGAAGAAGUUCGCCGGUUCUCUUAAGUUGUACCUUGCCCAGUACCGUGAAGUCGCUGCCUUCGCCCAAUUCGGUUCAGAUCUCGAUGCUUCAACACGUUUCCUCCUCUCCCGUGGUGCACGUUUGACUGAGCUCCUCAAGCAAGGCCAAUACCAGCCCCUGCCUACCGAAAUCCAGGUGCCCAUCAUCUACGCUGGUGUCAACGGUCUCCUUGACUCCAUCCCUGUUGACAAAAUCACUUCAUGGGAAGCCGAAUUCCGUUCACAUCUGACUGCCACCCAAACUGUGCUUCUGGAAGAGAUAGCGACUGGCAAUGUUACCCCCGAGAUGGAAGCAAAAAUCAAGAAGGUCGUCGAGGACCACGUCUCGUCGUUUACCUCCUCGUAGAUUAGAUAUCCUUGUGUAUCUCUCCCGGUUAUUGUUAUAAUGGACACGCACUAAAGUCCUAUCGCGAAUACCAUG